AUGUAUUCACGAAGUCUGUCCGGAACACUUCCAGCAAUUUCGAAUAUCCGGUUCUACAAAUAUCAGUUAUCUAUCUAUCUAUCUAUCUAUCUAUCUAUCUAUCUAUCUGCUUACUGUUCAUUUACUAUCUAUCUAUCUAUCUAUCUAUCUAUCUAUCUACCUAUCUAUAUGCUUAUUUUCUUAUCUAUCACACCGUGUAUUAUCUAUCUAUCUAUCUAUCUAUCUAUCUAUCUAUCUAAGUUUAUUCAUAUCAUCUUAUAUCUAUCUAUCUAUCUAUCUAUCUAUCUAUCUAUCUAUCUAUCUAUCUAUCUAUCUCCUGAUGAUGUCUGUACAUUUACUAUCUAUCUAUCUAUCUAUCUAUCUAUCUAUCUAUCUAUCUAUCUAUCUAUGUGUGUGUGUGUAUCUUUUUUUCUAUGUGAGUCUGUUAAUUUACUAUCUAUCUAUGUAUAUUUUUUUUUGCAACUUUUCGCCUCAACGCGAUCUCCCGAGUAA